GUGCUUAUGUUCCUGAAGGGCUGUUGACAUCUUGCACCUGGGAUUACAUGACCUUCACACCCUCCGUGCGAGCUUACACCAUGCUUCUUUUCACCUUUGUCUUCUUCAUUCCACUUAUUGUCAUCAUCUUCUGCUAUGUUUUUAUCUUCCGUUCCAUUCGUAGCACUAAUGAAGCGGUGGGCAAAAUGAAUGGAGAUAACAAGAGAGACUCAAUUAAAAGAUUCCAAAGGAUGAAAAAUGAAUGGAAGAUGGCAAAAAUAGCUCUUAUUGUUAUUCUCAUGUAUGUUAUCUCUUGGUCUCCAUAUUCAACUGUGGCACUGACAGCCUUUGCUGGGUAUGCUGAUAUACUCACACCGUAUAUGAAUUCAGUACCUGCAUUGAUAGCCAAAGCUUCAGCCAUUCACAAUCCCAUCAUCUACGCCAUCACACACCCAAAAUACAGGCUGGCCAUAGCAAAAUAUAUUCCAUGUCUUCGCGUGCUGUUGUGCAUUCCCAAGCGUGAUCUCCACUCAUUCCACAGUAGCUUAAUAUCCACACGCCGUUCCACUGUCACAAGCCAGUCCUCUGAUCUGUCCGGACCUUUUGGCAGAACCAGCACCGGCAAGUCCCGGCUCUCCUCUGCCUCCGACAGUGAAUCU